UUUCUUGGCACUCCUCCAUGAUCAUCAUCAUCCAUUAAUGUUUCUUCAAGUACUUCUUCCUUUUCUCUGUAUAAUCUCAAGCAUCCCCUUCUCUGCAUCAGAGAUUCAAAACACUCAAAUUGUGGAUGAUUCAAGGCCCAUGAUCUUAUUCGAGCAAUUCGGGUUUGUUCGAUUCGGUCAUGUUUCCAUUUCAAUCAAAGAUGUUUCUUGGAGAUCAAAACAUCCACAUGCAGAAUUAAACCCAUCUUUAAUGGGAUUUUUCCUCUUAAGAGAAUCAUCUUAUGGUAAGAUCUUGAAUGAAUCAGAAUAUACAGAACAUUUCUGUGUUGUAUCAAGUCAUUAUGUGAAAUUACUCUUCAAAUUUGAUCAACUCAAUCUGAAUUCUACCUAUAAUGGUACAAUCAUUGUUGAUGAUCCAGAUGAAUACAGUUUGGUUUUUGGAAAUUGUUUACCUGAAUUUGAAAUAUCCAUGGAUGUUCAUACAGAGAUGUAUAAUAUGAAUUUUGGAAGAAAAGAUUUCCUUCCUGCUGGACAAACCCAAUUGCCAACAAUCUAUUUCAUCUUCUUUAUCAUUUAUUCAAUCUUUUUUGUGAUCUGGGUUCUUCUCUGUGUCAAGCAAAGACCAAUUGUAGAUAAGAUUCAUCUAAUAAUGGGUGCUCUGCUCAUUGUGAAAGCUCUGAAGAUGCUCUGUGCUUCUGAAGACAAAUCAUUUGUAAGAAGAACAGGUACUCCUCAUGGUUGGGAUGUGGCUUUCUAUAUCUUUAGUUUUCUUAAAGGUAUAAUGUUGUUCACUGUGAUUAUCUUAAUUGGUACUGGAUGGUCAUUCUUGAAACCUUACCUGCAAGAGAGGGAAAAGAAGGUUCUUAUGAUUGUGAUACCAUUGCAAGUUCUUGAGAACAUAGCUACAGUUGUGAUCGGCGAAACCGGUCCAGCGACAAAAGAUUGGUUAACAUGGAACCAAUUGUUCUUAUUGAUUGAUAUUGUGUGUUGUUGUGCUGUAUUUUUUCCGAUUAUCUGGUCGAUUCGGAGUCUCAGAGAGGCGUCGAAGACCGAUGGAAAGGCGGCGAGAAAUUUGGCUAAGCUUACAUUAUUCAAGCAGUUCUACAUUGUUGUUGUUGGGUAUUUAUACUUCACAAGGGUUGUGGCUUCUGCAAUAGGUGCUGUUAUUGAUUACAAACUUGAUUGGUUUAUUACAGCAGCAGUAGAGGGUGCAAGCUUUGGUUUCUAUACAUUUAUCUUUUCUAACUUUCAGCCUAAAGAGAAGAAUCCAUAUUUUGUGAUAGAUGAUGAAGAAGAAGCUGCUGCAGCACAAGAAUUGGAAGAUGAUGAUUCCUUUGAAUUAUGAUCAAUUUCAAAUUUAUUAUGAUCAGGUAA